GCCCUCUCCAUGCACUGUGAGAAUCAAGACACAGCAGACCGAUCCUGGCUCGUUGCUCAGGCAGAGCAUGGCAAUGCUGCCGCAUCAUAUUUCCUGGCAAGGAUCCUCCAAGUCGAUCUCUCUAGCGGGCGGUUUGAGAGAGCGUCCGAAUGGAAGCCUAUCCAGAAGGAAAUCUUCUGUCAGCUGGAGAAGGGCGCCGAAGCCGAUCAUUUUAUGGCUCAGUUCCAUCUGGCUGGAUGUUAUCACGAUGGCGCUGGUGUCGAUCAAGACCACACCAAGGCUGUCGAGCUGUACCGCAGUCUUGUCGAUCGUGGGAUACCUCAGGCUCAAAUCGCUCUCGGAAGUUGCUACGAAGAUGGUGAAGGUGUCGAUCAAGAUUACGACGCAGCCAUUGAGUGGUAUUCCAAGGCAGCUGAUCAAGGCAGCGACGAUGGUCGACUCCACAUCGCUGUGUGUUGGUUCUAUGGAUUCGGAACCACCUACGAUCGCAAGAAGGCUGCAGGCAUCUUUGAGCAGCUCGCCGACGAAGGUCACAGCGACAGCCAGUUUUGGGUCGGACAAUGCUACUUGGAUGGCCAUGGAGUAUGGGAGGACCACAAGAAAUCAUUCGAAUGGUACAGCAAAUCGGCCGACCAAGGCAACUCUUAUGGGCAGUGGCGGGUUGGAGUGUCCUACUACUGGGGAUAUGGAGUCACCGAAGACCACACAAAAGCAGUCGAGUGGUAUCGCAAGUCGAUCGAGCAAGGCAAUCGGUAUGGACAAUAUUCUCUCGGCGGGUGUUACAAGAAUGGACAUGGUGUACCAGCGGACAUUGACGCCGCCGUCUUCUGGUACCGCAAGUCCGCCGACCAAGGCCACCUUGGGGCAAUCUACAAACUCAAGGACCUCGGCAAGUGGCCCUGAUCCCCGGAACCCUGCCGAGCUCUACUCCCAAACAACCAAUUCGUAACACAUAAUAUGAUACCAAAAUAGCCGAGCAGACCGCGUUGCCAACACUCGUCCCAGAUAUAUCGAUACCAAAAAUCGGUUGGCGGUGCUCUCCCGAUGAAGCAACAAUGGCCGAGUAUAGUUGCCUUUGACCUUCAAUACAUCUCAUAAUUAUCACAUUGCUGUCUCAAAACUAUCGCCGGUGCUGAUCGACCGAACGAAGGAACUGACUGGACCUGAAGAACGU